GCUGUUUAGAGACAGAAAGGGGGGGUGUACCAACACCAACACAGCGAUUCCUCUCUUUUUAACCGCGGUCAAAUCAUGGACACAUAAUUCUGUCUAUAAAUAGAAACUUAUUCUUGUCGAUCCAAGCCGAACAUCUGCUAUGCACGCAAUGCACAGUAAAGUAUCGGAAUCACUGGGAAAUACCGAAGCAGAAUUCGCCUUCAGCGCUGCUGUUAGUUCUCCACUGGCGCCGUGCAAGAAGACACGUCCGACUCAGGUCUACAGUGGGCCGAAAAGGGUGGAUGGUUUAAGUUGAAGCCUACAGUAGGUAAAAGAGUUGCAUUAGAGUGGUUGCAACAAGAGACAUGGCUUAUAUCAGCUGCUAGUCGAAACAUGACAAGAUGUCACAAAACAAUAAUUUCUUAGCCAUCCCGGAUCAAAGAGAUCUCUUCGUCCCGGUGGGGAAUGGAGGAUCUGAGAAGCGCAGCAAUUCUCCCGUGGAUGACGAGGACGAGGAACCCGAGGAUGACAUUCGACUCAUACCCAGGUCCUCUCCCGUGCCCAGGAAGCGCGGCCCGUCAAUUGCUGAUGAGACGGCGGAGUAUAUGCGAAUUCGACUGGCUUUAAAACGCCGAGUGUCAUUCGCCGAUGCCACAGGUGGAGAUCUCGUGGAUGUGAAAGAAUUUGCUGCUUUUGAUUCAGACGACGAAGACACCGCCGAAAGAUGGGAGGCAGAGGAAGCUCGUUAUCGCGCCGCUGUACGCGAACCGACCUACCACCUGCAUCCAGAGUUUCAGGGGUUAUCUGGCGAUGAAUUGAUGGCAGCUGUGCGCGCCCAUAAAGUAGAAGUGGAACCUGUAUCUUUUGAUCCUGACGAGCCACUGGCAUUCUCCGGAAAAAUUCGUGUUCUCAAUAUUUCGUUCCAGAAGUCAGUGUAUGUGCGCUCUACCAUGGACGGUUGGGGCACCUUCUUUGAUUAUCCGGCAGAUUAUUUGGAAAGCUCUAACGACGGAGAAUCCGAUCUGUUCUCAUUUAAAUUGUCAUUUGCUCCACCUUACCUUUUCCACGGCGCGCGAAUUGAUUUUGUAGUGCGUUAUGAAACGCCAAAUGGAGAGUUCUGGGCUAACAAUUCCGGCAAGAAUUAUUCGGUUACACUUCUCGUUACAUUUGAAGACCGUGCAGUUCACGCCUCUGGCAUGGAUUUGCAUAGCAUACGGGGUAUAUUAAAGCCGCCAAGACCUGGAAUGGACUAUGACGACUCUCAGGACUACGAUGACGAAGGGGCUAGUAGGGAGCCAGAGGACCAGCCACGUCCGGUGCACCCUGUGAUCGUUCAUCCUGAGAUGGACAUAGAUGUGGGAGGUCAGGAGCAGGGAUCUCUCUCCAGCACAGACCCUUCACAAACAACAACAGCAGUAACAACAACAACAAUAACAGAAGGCACACCCUAUUCUAGCUCUACCACUGACCUGACUGCUCCAGCCAUUGAGAGGAGCCUGUGCGAUCAGCAGGACACCACAACCCAAGCCAGCACUUCCCUGCCACUGUCAGAACCAGAACUUGGAUCAGACCUGAACCACCCACCGCAACCACAGCAAGAGAACCAAGAGAGUGAACCAGCGGUCCAGAAAGAAGUCAAAGAUGUAACUUCAAUCUCAGCAUGCCACAGUGCUAUAUCAGCCUUGGCAGAACACACUAUUGCUGAAGACAACUUUGGAUUGAUGCCACCCUCAGAGACCAGACACACAGACCCUAAGCCUGAUAUAGCAACAGAUAUACCUCAUCACUCAGACCCUCCUGACCAGGCUGCCCCGUGUCUGUUAUUAGGUGAUGAAAUGGAUGGGAAUAAGCACAAAGACACAAGGCUCACAUCUGCUGAAGAAAUGGAUGCGAACAAGGACAAAGAAACAAGGCUCACAUCUGCCGAAGAGAUGGAGGAUGAUUUUGAGGAGCUCACAACAUUAGCAGAAGAGGCUGGAGAGAUCGGAGAUCUGGAGAAGAUUGACACCAGUGAGAGGUUUGAAGGGGCAGAGGAGGAGCCUGGGGAGAUCGAGGAGAAGAUUGACACCAGUGAGAGGUUUGAAGGGGCAGAGGAGGAGCCUGGAAAGAUUGAGGAGAAGAUUGACACCAGUGAGAGGUUUGAAGGGGCAGAGGAGGAGCCUGGGGAGAUUGAGGAUAAGAUUGACACCAGUGAGAGGUUUGAAGGGGCAGAGAGAAGCACCGUCACAGAGUUGGAGUCACCAAUAAGCUCGGACAUCCUUGAUGAACAUGCACAGAAUGGGAGCACAGAAGUCGUUGGAGUAGAAAUUGCUCUGGAGGAAAACGCUGACCUUGAGGAGGUCCCUCGGGUGAGCCCGGGCCCACUGACGUCAACAGUCGAGUCCGGCAGUCAGUCGGAGAUCUCUAGGGGCCGAGAGCUCAGACUGAAAGAAGAGUCUGCUCAAGCUGCAGGAGAGGACUUGUCUUCCUCAGCAGCGAGCCGUUUGCUGCCAACCCACCAAAGCCCUGUCCACCCAGGGCCAACAGGCGAAGACAGUAUGACACUCUCUCUCUCUGAUACCAUCUUUGAUGCUGACAAGUCACCAAAACCACCGCUGCACCCGAAGCCAUGCAAGCCACCUGCAUUAGAGGAAUCAACUGCUUCCUUGGAUUCCAAAUUUACUAAUCAUGAAGAUUUGGCAGUUACCUCCGAUCUCAGACCAGUUGAACAGAAAAACUUUGCUGAAGAAAUGGCCUUGCCACAGUAUUUCACCAUUGACUCCCACACAACUACACCAUCGACCAGAGAUGCAUCCCACGUCCCAGAGAAAGACAGUCUCGACGUCUCUGCUGGUACUGAGGAAAAGGAGUCCCCCGUUGAAGCCUCCUGUCCAGCCUGUCCAACCAUCCUGACCCUGGAGGCCCCUGAAGAUGCACUGGAGAUGCCUGGAAACUCAGUGGGCACCCUGGACGGUCCUGUCAGCAUCUGGAGGACUCUGAGACCUGCCAUGUUUGGCAUGAGUGUGGUCACCUGUUUCAUCGCAGCCGUGCAAGAACCCAGCAUCCUCCUCGUGCUGGGACUCUAUUUAGUUGUUCACUGUUUCUGAUCCAUCUUCCUUUCUUUUUUUUUGCUAUUCUUGCUUUACUUUUAUCUUCUUGAGUGCCUUAUUGGUCAGUCCAAACCUAUCACCAACAUACAUUGCAAAGUAGUUUAAAUUGACAAAAUUCAGUUUCUUUCAUUCAUUUCAACCCCAUAAGCAUUGAGUAAAAAAAUUAUUUUUGUUUUAAGUUCACUUUUUUGCAUUAAUAUUUCAGGUCCAUAUGACAAAGUAGCUAAAUGUAGCAACCACCAGUCACUCAUAUCCAAAGUCACAUCCUCAAAUCUUAAAUGGUGCACUCAAUACUGUAACAACAUUCAUAACAACGGCAAUCUAGUCUACUUGUAGGGUGAAGUAAAUUCUAUUUACACUUUAACAUUGGCAGUGUCUAUAAUGAAAGUGUCUGGCGGGAUUUUCCUGGGAUGUGUGUUUUCUGAGGGUUUUAAGCAUGCUAUAUGAUACGCAGUGGGUGCCAUAUUAAAUUAAUUAUGAUACUCAUCCUCCAACUUCUGAAAAAAAGAACGGUGGCUAACAUCUCUUUCUCAAGAUACCUUUAUGUAAAAGAUCUACAAUUAUGGCUGGCUUUUAUGUAAAAGAAUUACAAAUAUGGCAGGCUUCCCACUAGCGAUGAGUGGUAGGGCAUCCUGUAGAAGGUUAUUUGUGUCUGAAGUGAAUGGUCUGUGACGUGCUGGAAAUGUUGAAGAGGACGUUGAGACAACAAUGAUGGUUUGGAAGUAACGUCUAAGAUAAGACUUAUUAUCCCCAUGUAUGUUUAUUUUCCCAUAAGUAGUUAUAUUAUUGUGCAUAGAAGAAUGAUCCAGUCAAAGGAUACAAGUCAAAGGCCAGCAAUAAAUGUCCUUUAUAAAGAUAAUUUAAAGAGGAUCGGCACAGGGUUGACAUGAUAUGUGAUUUGAUAGAUGGUUUGCCGAGAUUAAUGGUAAAUUUCCUUUUGCGUGUGUGUGCGUGAGUGUGUGUGCUGUGUGGAUUGUGUGAUGAGUAUUUCCUGUGUGUGUGUGUGUGUAUGUUUUGUGAAUAUGUGUUCCUGUAUAAAAUACUCUUCAGAUAUCAUGUAUUACAUUCAGGUAUCACAGCAUGGAUAACAUGUUUCUCGUCUUAUAAGAAGUGUUUCAUUUACACUAAAACUGUUGUAUUCAGCCAUUAACCAACAAAAAAAAGCACCGUUUUAACCAUGUCUGAAAACUGAUGUGAUCUGUCAUAUUCUUUGAGUGUCCCAUUGAGUGUUGGGAGUGUAUAUGCAACAAGUCUAACACAAAUCUCACUGUGGGAUACAUGUUGAAUGUAGGACUACAAAUUCACAAUUAAACAUGUUCAACAGCA